UCUCUCAAAGCGUGCUUGACCGCCCAGUGGCCGCCGCCGCCUCCUCCUCCUCCAGUGAGCGCUGGGAGACGAGGCGGCGGCAGCAGCAGCAGCAGCAGGAGAGGCGCUUCCCCCCUCGAGGCUCGCCUCUUCUCCAAGGGUGGCUUGAGCUCCGCUGGGCGUCCUUCGCCGCUGUCCUUCUUGCCAGGCGCUAGCGGCUGAAGGAAGUUUGCCAAAGCGCCCCCCCCCCCCAAUUGACGGCACUUAUCCUGGCAAACUCUUACUAAGCCGCGCUUCUCUCUCUCUCUCUCUCUUUCUCUUUCUUUCCGCCACAUCUUUCGCGCUGCGGGAAGUUGUCGAUGAGUGCCCCGCCGGUCAUCCGGCCGCCCAGUCCUUCGCAGCCCGGCGGCGGCGGCGGCGGCAUCUCCUUCCACCUUCAGAUCGGCCUCAGCCGGGAGCCGGUGCUCUUGCUGCAAGACUCCUCGGGGGAGUUCAGCCUGACCCAUGUCCGGGAAAUGGCUUGUUCCAUCGUCGAUCAAAAGUUUCCUGAGUGUGGCUUCUAUGGGAUGUAUGAUAAAAUCCUGCUUUUUCGUCAUGAUCCAACUACUGAAAAUAUACUCCAGCUGGUGAAGUCAGCUGCUGAUAUCCAAGAGGGUGAUCUGGUUGAAGUUGUCUUAUCAGCUUCUGCAACUUUUGAAGACUUUCAGAUUCGGCCACAUGCUUUGUUUGUCCAUUCCUACAGAGCACCAGCCUUCUGUGACCAUUGUGGAGAAAUGCUGUGGGGGCUUGUACGUCAAGGGCUUAAAUGUGAAGGAUGUGGCUUAAACUAUCACAAGAGAUGUGCAUUUAAAAUCCCUAAUAACUGCAGUUGUGUCCGAAAGAGGCGAUUAUCAAAUGUUUCAUUAACAGGACUUGGUAAUAUCAGAACAAUGUCUGCUGAACUUUCAUCUACGCUUGCAGAUGAAGGACUCCAGAUUCCUGCAAGCCCCAGUUUUGAGACUUGCUUAGCCCUGGAAUGGAGACUGAUAUAGUGAUGGAAGAGGGAAGUGAUGACAAUGACAGUGAAAGAAACAGUGGCCUCUUAGAUGAAAUGGAAGAUUCUAUGGCGCCUGAUGCUGAGAUGGUGACUGUGAAUCCAGGUGAUAGUGGAGACAUGCAGGACACUGAUCUUGACCAUGAUGAGAGUAACAGAAUGAUCAGCCCUUCAACAAGCAAUAAUAUCCCAUUAAUGAGAGUGGUACAAUCUGUCAAACAUGCAAAAAGGAGAAGUAGUACAGUAAUAAAAGAAGGAUGGAUGGUUCACUACACAAGCAAAGACAGUUUGAGGAAACGGCACUAUUGGAGAUUGGAUAGCAAAUGCAUCACUUUGUUUCAAAAUGAAACUGAAAGCAAAUAUUACAAGGAAAUUCCAUUGUCUGAAGUACUAUCCCUGGAACCUGCAAAAAAUUUCAGUUUUUUAUCACAAGAAGCAAAUCCCCACUGCUUUGAAAUAACUACAGCUAAUGUGAUUUAUUAUGUUGGGGAAAACAUUGAAAACCUACCAAGUCUUUCAGUUAAUAACAGUGUUCUCACAAAUGGUUGUGGCCCAGAUGUUGCAAGAAUGUGGGAAAUGGCAAUCCAGCAUGCCCUGAUGCCUGUCAAUCCUAAAGGAGCAUCUACUGGUUCAGGACCAAGUUUACACAGAAAUAUAUCCAUAAGUAUUUCUGUAUCCAAUUGUGAAGUCCAAGAGAAUGUGGAUAUCAGUACAGUAUAUCAAAUAUUUCCAGAUGAAGUUUUAGGAUCUGGACAGUUUGGAAUUGUUUAUGGGGGUAAGACUCUUUAG